UGAAUUUUUCAACUAUUGUAGUAGUAGUUAUCAGUAUAUUGAAUUAAUCUGGAUCUGGAGUAAGGCUGUAUUGUAAUUUUCGUUCUUCAAUGGAUACUAUGGAUAAAUCACCGACAAAUUCGCCAUCUUCCAGUACUGCACUUAUGCAGGCGGAAAUAGCUUUGUCAAAAGAUGAAUAUUCGGAAAAGAAGAAAAGGUUUACUGUUUAUAAGGUCAUGGUGAGCAUCGGAAAAAACUCGUGGUUUAUAUUCCGCAGAUAUGCAGAGUUUGAUAAAUUGUAUCAGACGGUGAAAAGGCAAGCGCCACAACUGAAUUGGCGUCUUCCACCAAAACGAAUAUUUGGAAAUAAUUUUGAUCCAGAAUUCAUAAGACAGAGAAGAGAUGGGCUGAAUGAUUUCAUUACAAUGCUUGUAUCUCACCUUGAUGUUUUGCAACAUCCUGAUGUACGAACGUUUCUUGCACUCGACAGUCCACGUAGUAGAAUGUAUGACAGUGAUGAUAGUGACUCGCCUACUAGCAGUUUGUCUGGUUCAGCAGAGGAAACAAAUGUUGAGCUCGGACCUUCUAAUGAUCCACAUGCCAAACCAAGUGACUUCGAUUUCCUCAAAGUCAUAGGAAAAGGAAGCUUUGGAAAAGUAUUGCUUGCAAAACACAGAAAAGAUGAAUACUUUUAUGCUGUGAAAGUUUUACAGAAGAAAGCAAUAAUGAAACGAAACGAGCAAAAACACAUCAUGGCGGAGAGAAAUGUUCUUCUUCAAAAUCUAAAACAUCCAUUCCUUGUUGGUUUGCACUACAGUUUCCAGACAUUAGAUAAAUUAUAUUUUGUACUUGAUUAUGUCAAUGGCGGAGAAUUAUUUUUUCAUUUACAAAGAGAAAGAACAUUUGCUGAAUCGAGGGCAAGGUUUUAUGCAGCGGAAAUCGCAAGUGCAGUUGGUUAUAUGCAUUCAUUAAAAAUAAUAUAUCGAGAUUUAAAACCAGAGAAUAUACUUCUUGAUUCAAAGGGUCAUAUUGUGCUCACCGAUUUUGGUCUCUGUAAAGAAGGAAUUGAAAGCAAUCAAACAACAUCAACAUUUUGUGGAACACCUGAAUAUCUUGCACCUGAGGUUUUGAAAAAGAAACCGUACACAAGAUCAGUGGAUUGGUGGUGUUUAGGGGCAGUAUUAUAUGAAAUGUUAUAUGGCUUGCCCCCGUUUUACAGUCGAGACACACAUGAAAUGUAUCAAAAUAUUUUAUACAAACCACUGAAAUUGAGAACUAAUGUAUCUGCUUCAGCAAGAAUGAUACUUGAACAGCUUCUUCAAAAGAAUCCAGAAUUUCGAUUGGGAUCUGGAGAUCGAGAUGUGGUUGAUAUAAAAGAACAUACCUUCUUUUCUCUUAUCAACUGGGAAGAUCUUGAAGCCAGGAAAUUACAGACACCUUAUAAUCCUAAUGUUGCUGGACCUGAAGACUUAAAGCAUGUUGAUCCAGAAUUUGUUCAAGAACCUGUUCCAGAAUCUCUUGGUGAAAAUGACGACCAUACUGUAAAUGCAAGUGUUCAAGAAGUUGAUGAUGCCUUUGUUGGAUUCUCAUAUGCACCACCUUCUAUCCUUUCAAACUCAUAACCUGGCAUUUAUGGCAAUCUUGAGCUUGGACAAUGCUAGUGAAACAAUGCAGGAUCUGAAGGCUUCUAUGACACAUUGGGUGGAAAAAAUAACAGCAUAGUUUGAAUUAAACAAUUUGCUUCAUGAUUUUUUGUCAAACUAUGAACUGUGGAGUGAGUAUGGGGCAUUCUGGCCACAGACUUCGUAUCGGGAAAACAAAACAUGAAGCAGGUUGAAGAGAAUUCUUAUCGGUUUGAUGUCUUCAAAAUAUCCACUAGAUUUAAAUUUAACUAAUGUGAAAUAUGCUAAAUUUAACCAUUUGAUCAUGGUUUAUGCCAUUUUUUUUUUCGCGAAAUUUGAGUUAUCAGACAUUGGUAAGACAAAUUAUGAUUACCGUAUUUGCUCGUUUUGUAGCCCGGGCCCAUAUUUUUUUCAACCAACUCACUAACCGGGCCUUAAUGCAAACCGGCCCUUAUUCAAGCACGGACGCUUGUUAUUUUCGAUCGUUACAAUAAA